AUGUCGGAUAUGUGGGCGAUGUCGCUGCCCGUGCACGUGGUCACGGACGCCACCCAGCUCCCGCCCGAGCUGCUUCACCCACCCGUGCCGCCCGCCCCGCCGCUCGUGAUCGGAUUUGACUGCGAGGGGAUCGACCUGGCGCGGCACGGGCAGCUGUGCGUAAUGCAGCUGGCGCUGCCCGGCGCCAUCUACCUGGUGGACGUGGUGGAGGGGGGCGCGGCGCUGGUGCGCGCAUGCACGCCCGCGCUGGAGAGCGCGCACGUCAUCAAGGCCAUCCAUGACUGCAAGCGCGAUGGCGAGGCGCUGUUCUUCCAGUUUGGGGUGCGCCUGCAGGGCAUCUUCGACACGCAGCUGGCGCAUGCGAUGAUAGAGGAGGUGCGGGGCGUGGCGGACGUGCAGUCCGACCAGAUCUCCUUCGUCCACCUCGCCAGCAUGCCGCAGUACUGCGGUGUGGCAUAUGAUGAGAAGGAGGAGGUGCGCCAGCUCAUGAGACAGGACCCGACGUUCUGGAAGCACAGGCCGUGGACGGCAGUGAUGCUGCGCGCGGCGGCGGACGACGUGCGGUUGCUGCCCGCCAUCCACCGCCGCAUGCACGCGCUGCUGCUCCAAGCCCCCAACGGCGCCACCAGGCUGCGCCAGCUCGCCGUGCAGAGCGAGCUGCACGCGCGCUGCUUCUGCCUCGGCGCGCAUCACUGGCCCGCUCCCACGCCCUGGCCCCACCCGCAUGUGGCGGAGAACUGUAGCAGCGCGGGCACGAGCAGCGGCGUGGAAGCAGGAGGAGAAGGCGGGCAGGCGGAAGCGGUGGAGGAGAUUCUGUCAGUGGUGGAUGUGCCGCAGGGGCUCAUGGGGCUGGUCAUUGGCAGGAAGGGCAUGACCAUCCGCUCCAUCAAGGAGUCUUGCAAAGCGCACAUUGUGCUGGGAGGACAGAAGGGCCCUCCAGACAAGGUGUUCAUCAUCGGGCCGGUGAGGGAGGUGCGCAAGGCAGAGGCCAUCAUCCGCGGCAAGGUGGCGCGCUGA